UUCCAAUAUCCAAUCCACGCAGCAGAAUCUCGGCUAUCGCGAUGGUCUCGUCGAUUCAAAGCAUACUCAACGACUGCUACAGAUAUCCAGAUAGAAUCAUAAUGCCAGAGGAAGAUCGCGAACAAUUCCUACGCCCCUGGGGUUUCAUUAUCUACCGAACGUUCUAUGGACCUGAUUCUGACGAAAGCUGGACCAAGUUACUCCAGACUAUAACCGCCGGUGUGCGAGCUGGUCUGAACAAAAUGGAUGGUGCAGAAGACACUGCUGCGACCGCCAAGGUGCUUGGGUUAUUCAAACUCGAUGCGCGCUCAGACCCAGCCCUAUUAGCUGGUUUGACCCUGGAAGAUGUGCGAAAGCUCUACUUGGAAGAGGGGCCGGGAGCUCAGCUCAUAAAUAUGGACAACGGUCCAUGGCGCCUCUUUCUCUUAGCAGAUGCUGAGGUGCUCGGCGAAGCUGACCUUCGUCUGCUCAAAGUCGUAGAAGGCGACUACGAUCCCAUUGAUAGGGUACCAAAAAACACGAGAGGUGGGCCGCAGCGUUACUUUGGAUGGCUUACCAUGUCACCAACAACAGUUGCGGAGUUAUGGGAUGAAUUGUAUUCAUACUACUUAUGGGAACUCGCCGGUGGGACGACUGGUGAGCCUGGGGCAUUUUGGAAACCGGGAAAUUGAGGGCAGACUCUCUAACCAUUUAUUUCUUUCUACUCAUCAUAAUUUCCACGGUUGAAGCUUUUCGGAC